AUUUUCAAAUAAAAAUAGUAGUAAGAAAGAAGAUGAUAUCUCAGUAGCGGUUUGAUGUUCAUGGGAAAGUGACACAACGAGAGUAUGAGUUCGAUCCAACUCCACCAUCUCUAGUUUUCCAGUCAAAGAGUGAUAGAUCAAGAGAUAAUUGACUGUUCCAGCUUCAAAUUAUGGCUCGAAGAUCGUCAUCCCGCGCCGUCUACACUUUCUUCUGCCUUCUAGCCCUCACCGGCGCCACCUACGCCCGUUUCAUUUCAGAUAAUCCAUCUAAUCAACCAGUACCGUCUUUCAUCCGCCUGAAUACCUUGUUCGCGACGGAAUCUUGUGAGCAAACAUACGGUUUUCUUCCCUGUACCACCACAGUCCUCGGUAAUAUCUUCCUCAUUCUCAUCUAUGGCUUCCUUAUGUUCAAAGCCGCUACUUACCUGUCCAGCGGAAGUGAGCUUCUUCUUGAGAUCCUCGGUCCCGGCAUUAUCGGUGGUCUCUUCCUCCCUAUGCUUGGCGCUCUUCCCGAUGCUAUGCUCAUUCUAGUAUCUGGAAUUAGUGGAACUAAAGAAACUGCUCAAAGUCAAGUUUCAGUUGGAAUGGGGUUGCUAGCUGGAUCUACAGUUAUGCUUCUCACGAUAAUAUGGGGGACUUGUGUUAUUGUUGGCAAGUGUGACAUUGAAGGUCAUUUCGCAAUCGAUGGAAAAGAUACUAAAGGGCUUAGUUUGACAGGUUCUGGUGUUACUACAGACAUAUGGACAACAUAUGCUGCAAUAAUCAUGGCUGUUUCUGUUCUUCCUUUCCUUGUUGUUCAAUUGCCUCAAGUUAUGAAUUCAACUUCGGGAAGACACUUGGCAGUUUUGAUUGGACUUGUUAUAUCUCUUUCACUUCUGAUUAGUUAUUGCCUUUACCAGGUUUUCCAACCAUGGAUCCAGAGGAGACGAUAUGCUUAUGUCAGACACAAGCACAUAAUAUCAGGAGUUCUAACACAUUUGAGGAUGCGAGGACUUGGCAGACUUUUCACUGAACAUGGCCAUCCUAAUGAACAUGUCACGAAAAAGCUUUUCGAGGCAAUAGAUAUCAACAAGGACAAUCAUUUGUCAACUUCAGAGUUGAGAGCACUAAUGUUAGGAAUCCGUUUGGACGAGGUCAAUUUGGAUGAGGAUGGUGCGGUUGACAAAGUGAUGAAAGAUUUCGACACUUCUCUCGACUCCAAAGUGGAUUAUCGUGAGUUUGUCUUAGGAAUCUCGAAAUGGAUGGACGAGGCCAUGCAGUUCAAGAGUGGGAAUUCUCGUAUAGAUGGUCCCGACACAAUAGCUCAUUUAACCGAAUUCCAUGAGGACACGAAGAGACAGAUUUUUCUGUUAGGACCGCAAGGUGAUGCAGGAGAGCAGGGUGGUGAAGCAGUUGAGGGUGGUGUGAAAAGUACUAAAUGGACCUCGGUGAAAGCGGUUCUUUUGUUGUUAUUGGGGACAGCCAUUGCUGCUGCUUUCGCUGAUCCUUUGGUAGAUGCGGUUGAUAACUUCUCUGAUGCCACGAGCAUACCCACUUUCUUCAUCUCAUUCAUUGCGCUUCCUCUGGCCACGAACUCCAGCGAGGCAGUGUCCGCUAUCAUCUUUGCUAGCCGCAAAAAGCAGGCAUCCGCUUCUUUAACAUUUUCCGAGUUAUAUGGUGCGGUUACAAUGAACAAUGUCCUCUGUUUAUCUGUAUUCCUAGCUCUGGUUUAUUAUCGGGGGCUGACAUGGGAUUUCUCGUCUGAGGUGCUGGUCAUCUUUAUUGUUUGUGUAGUGAUGGGUGUGUUUGGAAGUUUACGCACCACAUUCCCUCUUUGGACUUGUUUCUUGGCCUUCUCCCUCUAUCCGUUUUCCCUUGCACUCGUAUACGUUCUUGACUAUGUUUUCGGUUGGUCGUAGAUGUUAUGAGUCGGCUCAAUGCCAUGUCUUUUCGAACAGCUUUUUGUUGUGAAUUGAGAGACCACCCGAGAUCCAUGUUUGUGUAUUGUUUUUGUACCACUAUUAUUAGGUUAUUGUGAUCUACUACUUGUUAAACUCAUGCAUAUUUAUUAUAUAUUAAACCGUGACACUAUGUUU